AUGUUUGGAUCUUGCUUUGCAGAAUCAACAGAAGCCUUUUUACAUUUAAACCAUGAUGGUGCUUUCUAUUUUUCAAGUUAUAACCAGUCACAAUUACUUGAUGAUUUACUACAACAAAUAAAAAAUAGCAUUUCUUUAAUGAAUAAUCGAUUGAAAAUAACACAUAAUGUUCAAUCAGAUCCUUUAAAUUCCUCCAAGCUUCUAAUCGAAUUGUUUAUUGAUAAGGCAACUGAUCCUUUAAAUGAUCCUAGCUCUAAAUAUACCAGUGCUCUUUCUGAUAAAACAUUUAUGACAUUUAUUGAUGAAGAAUAUGAAUUCCAAGUCAAAU